GUGGCAAUGAAAUUGCUGCUUCAGCUUCAGUCCUGGGUUCAGGUAUUUCUAAAAUUUCCCUAAGUAAUUCCAAAAGGCAGAUUUGUAAAAGGCCUUGUAUACUCAUCUUAGAUUCUUUGAAAGCUGGUUCUGUGCAGAAAACAGUUCAGGUUCUGAGAGAGUACCUUGAAGUAGAGUGGGAAGCUAAACGAAAAACACAUCGAGACUUCAGUAAAUCAACAAUGAUUGACCUCUGCCCCAGAGUGCCUAAACAAGAUAACAGCAGUGACUGUGGGGUCUACUUGCUGCAAUAUGUGGAAAGCUUCUUCCAGGAUCCCAUCGUUAACUUUGAACAGCCACUGCAGCUGGAGAAGUGGUUCCCUCGUCAACUGAUCAGAAGCAAAAGAGAAGAAAUUCGAGACCUCAUCUUGCAACUGCACUUUCAACAGCAUAGUGGCAGCAGUAGCUAA